CUCACGCGGCUCUGCCUCCACGUGUGCUGCAGGUCCCGAGAUGGCUCGCCUGACGCCGCGGCGGGAGGUGCGAGCCGCGGCCCCCUGAGAGCUCCCGCACCGCGAGCAAAUGCCUGGAAAAGUCCCGCUGCGCAGAGCGGCACCGCAGCUCUCCUGAACGGCGGGCAGCAGCACCUCCCGGAUCCGCUCCCUGAUCCCCGGCACUCCGGCAGCCUGUCCUGCCCCACGAAUGGCUGCGCAGAGGAAGCACUUGGUGAAAGAUUUCAAUCCUCACAUCACCUGUUACAUCUGUAAAGGCUAUCUCAUCAAGCCCACCACGGUCACGGAGUGCCUCCACACCUUUUGUAAGACUUGCAUUGUUCAGCACUUUGAAGACAGCAAUGACUGUCCCAGGUGUGGCAACCAAGUGCACGAGACCAACCCACUAGAAAUGUUAAGGCUGGAUAACACGUUAGAGGAAAUUAUAUUUAAGCUGGUGCCUGGACUUCGAGAACAGGAACUGCAGCGAGAGAUUGAGUUUUGGAAGAAAAAUAAACCUCAAGAAAAUGGGCAAGAAGAAAGCCCAAAAACUGAUAAACCCAAAGUUGAUGAGGAGUGUGAUGAAAAUGAAGAAGAUAAAGACUAUCACAGGAGUGACCCACAGAUUGCCAUCUGCCUCGACUGUUUACGCAACAAUGGGCAGUCCGGAGACAAUGUAGUAAAAGGUUUAAUGAAGAAAUUUAUCCGUUGCUCUACUCGAGUGACCGUGGGAACUAUCAAAAAGUUUCUCAGCUUAAAAUUAAAACUUCCAAGUUCUUAUGAGCUGGAUGUACUAUGCAAUGGAGAAAUCAUGGGAAAGGAUCAUACUAUGGAAUUCAUCUAUAUGACAAGAUGGAGACUAAGAGGCGAAAACUUUCGGUGUCAGAACUGCUCAUCUUCGCAAGUCUACUCACAGGAUGGCACUUUUUAUCAGUCUUACCCUAUGGUACUUCAGUAUCGACCUAGAAUUGACUUCGGUUAGACCAAAGGGCCAAAUCCCAUUGUGAUGAAUCCUGCACUAUUUGUUUACCCAUCGACAGAUUGCACAAUGAAUGGAUGUGCCUGGAUUAGGGGGACACAACCAGAUUUUCAGCAUGCAAAUAAGGACAUUGUCUUUCUUAAAAUUGUCAACUGCAUCUUUGUUGUUUCUAUUAGAGCAAGCCAAGUGCCAUUCUGCUACUGAAAUGUGCAUAAGAUAUUUGUGAAUUUUAUGUGUGCUGCAAGUCAUAGCCAAAAUCAUGAAGUGUACAGUCAAGAUUCAAAAACUCCGGAAUAUUUUUGCUUGCGUGUUAGAAAAUCCUUCUGGUCCUCGUAUUGAUCACACUAGCAAAAUGGCAGAGUGCUCAUUCCAUGUGGUGUUGCAGUUUCACAUGCUUACUAUUUUACUGAAUAUUGUUGUUUAAAUCAUAGAGUACUGUACAAAUAGGUAAGGAUUAUACCUUGACAAUAUUUUGUAUAGAAAAUAUAUUUAGAGAAGUGGUUGUUGGGCCACUAUCUUUUUCUCAGUAAGCUUCUUAUGGGUCCAGGUAUAGCUCAUUCAUGAGUGUGCAAUGGUCCUUUUGCAGUGUACCUUUAACAAAAGUGUAGAAUGUGAUAAUUCGAAAAAGGAAUUUUAAAAUAGUCUAAAUAGAUUCUACCAGUAUUGCUUAAAAGCAUUGGAGCUUUCAUGAUUGCACUUUUUUGCGGCUACCCUAAGGGUUGGAAUUUGGGAUAUGGCUUUUCUUUGGAAAAUGGUUUCUAGUCAGAUAAUAUUUCUUCUAAUAAAACCUUUAUAGAAAUGAAGUUAAAAUCAUCUGUCUAUGAGAUAAAUUUCAUUGUGAGGUUACAGUCAAAGCAGAAUCUACAUGUAGUUACUGCAUUUUGUGGUAAGCACUUCCUUUUAAGAUUGGGUAAAGAUUUAUAAUAAGCUUAAGAAAAAAAUAACGUAUAGCCUUAGUUAUGCUAUAUAUCUCUCUUGAGAGUAUCUGGAGCGUAGAAUUCAUUGUAGAAAUGUUUCACUACUUGAAGUCGCAUCAUACAAUUAUUUCCAUAAAAUUAGAGGCAAUACAAUACUGAAGAUAAGCAGUCUGACCAAAAUAAUUCUUUGGGUCAUUGUUUUUUCCUGAGACCUGAUAGUACUGGAUAAAGGAGUGAUUGUUGCCUUAGAUACUGCAAGUGUAAUCGUUCUGGUAUAGAAUGUUUAUUGAGGUUUCUGGUAAUGUUGCAGGGGGCAUAAUAAUGUGUAUGUUUUCUGUAGUCUUCCGUUGUCUUGCUCUGCUUACAAGUCAAAUGAGUUUUUUACUUCAAAAGCUGUGGAGAUAACUGUAGUUCAGCACCUUUUAUAUAAUUCUUUUUAGUGCACACCCACUAUAUUGUAGAUAGCUACUUAUGUCCUUAAGCCUUCUGCAUACAUCAGAAAGGAACCAAAUUAGUGUUUCAGAAACUACUCUAAUCAUACUUGGGUAGGACAAAGUGAAAAUUCCAUAUUGACUACCAUGGGAUCAAGUAUAAAAGGUGGAAACAAGGCUGUAACUUCUUUGUAAAUGUGUAUUCACGUAUCUUAUGAUGUUUCUGUAGGAGAAAUGCACAUGUUGUGGAUUAAAUUUGACCCCUUUAGUACUUGCAGGAGUUCUAACAUUGAUGACUUGAAGAAUUCUUAUAUCGUUGGGUUAAGUCCCACCACUGCACUCCGAAGCCCAUACAUCAUGCCGAAAUAGCGAUGCUGUCAGUAGCAGUCUGUUUAGGAAACCUGCCAUUGCAGGUCAAAGUUGCACAUAUUGUGCAGAUGCCAGUGAACCUGGGGAAGCAAAAUGUUAGGAAGCUGCUGCUCUGUUCUGCAGGCAUAACGUGCCAACUGGCGUGGGCAUUCUUUUGCCCAUGCUGCAGUGGGAACAGGUGCGCUUGUGGGCUGCAGGAAGUGGCCAUCUUUUUGCCCACCUGAGCUGUGGAGUGCUGCUUCACAGAAACAACCACACGCUCCGUGUUAGGAGGGACCUGCUCAUCUGUGUACGUGGAGCAGCUUGUCAGAUCAGAGCAUUCAUUCUAAGUGCAAGUCAUUGCUAUCUUUGUUAUAUACAAUUGUUUUGUAUGGUAGAAAUAGAUAUUAUUUGUAAAUAUUGACAUGCACAUGCAAAUGACACCUUACAAUUUUAUAUACUUCAUGUGAUUUUAUACCAGAAUUUUCACUGUAGAUUCACUUAACAUAAAAUGCCUGUUUCGUUUUAUCACAAAACUAGCAUUAGGACUCUUAAGCAUAAUUUCUGCUUGAUCUGGGGGACCCUUUUUCUCAACUUUUGCUGGUUUGACAAAUUUGAACAGAUUUGGUGGAAAAAAACCAGCGCAUUAAUUUUAAUCCAUUUUCAGUUACCUUACACAGAAGUCUGCAUCCAGCUAAUGGGACCCUCGAAAUUUAGUCUACAUCGUAGCGGCUUUUAAAUGACAUGCCAACAGAAGAUUUGACUGUCUGAUGACUUUCUGUAGUCACAGUUCAGAGAACUGUGAGUUUGUCUUGAUCAAAAUUGGAUAGUGGCAAUUUAUGGUAUUUUCUUGAUGAAACUUCAAGCUAGGUUACAGAAGGCAAAUCUUCAUUUUAAGCAUGGAAAUUACAGACAUACAUGAUUCAGUGUUCCCAGCUGAGAAUUAUGCCUUUAAAUGCUUUUAAAUGUGUAUAGUUUAGACAACUACCUACAAUUAAUGCAUUUCUGAUUUGAUGGCAAAACUCCUGAGUGCUGUUCUAGUUUAAUAGUUUUUGUAUCAGCAAAAUACCAGUGAAAUACAUAUCUUAACUGGGCAGCUUGUUUAACACAGGCAUUGCCUUUCUUUUUCUCUGUAGUACAUAUGUGCCAUGUAUCUACAUAUAGGCAUAUUUGAUUCCUUUGUGCCAAUUAAAGAUAUCUGAACAGCAUAGGAAGAUUGCACGUACAGAUUCCUAUGUGCCAAAGAUGGAGUAAGUGGAAUAAGUACUAAGCAUUCCAUUAAAACUACACCAUAUUCCAUCACUGAGCUGAUUACUGUGUACAGUCACACUUGCUGAACUUUUCCAUACUGCCAGAAUCUAGCUGCAGAGGAGUAAGACCGAAAAAAAAAUAUUAUAUAUAUAUAUCUCCAUACUACUGCCUAACCUUGCUAUCUCUUAUCUAGCACAUUUGGUGCUUUUUUUCCCUGAAAGUGAAAAAAUUUAUCUGCUUUUCACUCUGGGGUAACUUAUUAAUGAGUGUUUUAAGCAAUUUUUCAUUGGACAUUAAUGUAUGCUGCAUUUGUCCAGCAACAAACUGUAAGAUAAAAUUUACAGGUGAAGUCCUAUAAAAUCUCCAACAGUAGGGAAUUCAAUAAUCAAGAAAUGCAUCUUCCAUUGUGCAUUAAUAAACUGCAUGUAGUUGAGAGCCUAGUGCUAUAAAAGACAUUUAUUUGGAUGAAAUGCCAAAUAAGAUUGCUGUAAUUUUCUUAAGUGACUCAUCACUAUAUUAGUUACUGCUCACGAGUGCUUCUGGGACUUGGGUCCUAGCAGUAUGCAAUGACUAUUGUUCAUACUUAGCAAGCUUGCAGCUAUUGUGCAAAGAAAAGUUCUAAAAAGUAUUAUUUUUACUUUACUGAAAAUAUUAUAUAAAGUGCCUGAUUAUUAAUACAGAAUAUCUUUUAUACCCAUUAUUUGUAUUUGGCAGGGUAAUCUUUGCUCCUCUAUCUUGUCAAUGGUCUUAAUAUUUUCAGCAAGAAUAUUUCAUGAUCGCUCUGUAUUGAGAAGCCUUCUUCCACAUGAAAAAAGCAGAAAAAUAAAUGUUAUUUUUUUUCAAAUUGUCUAUCUCAGUAGAAACUAUGUGAAAAGAAUACUUUCAUAUUGAAAUUAUUUCAUUUUCGCUAUGAGGUGACCUUGAAUUCUGAAUCUUUUUUUUCUCCUAGGCUCCAAAGAUGUGAUUGUACUUUUCUCUUCUGCAGUUAUCAAAAGCAGUUCCAGUAUAUCUAUAGGUGGAAAGAGACUGAUCGCAUUCCCUUUAGGCAUAAGCUAGACUUUUCUCCACUGCAGACAAAGCAAUGGUCCAGAGUUUCCAUCUCUUCCCUUCUAUGUGCAAAGGCAUGACUUUGUUAGAGAAAAGAGGAAUUUUUCUUUCUCUGCUGCUUUCUGAAAUAACAGAAGGUACCAGUGUUUAUAGUCCUUUCACUGAACCAGUCUCUGAAUUGUGUUGUUCCUUUUGUUUGCAGCAGAAGGAAUAGCCUCCAGCUCUGCCAGGUACUAUGUCUGAUAGAUAUUCUGCAGAACAGGUAAUUGUUCAAAACCAGUCUUACAUAGCAAAACAAACAGGCUGAGGGGCUACAUUACCAGUCAAAUACAUAGCAUACUCAUACUUGUCUGUAGUUGCUUAGAAGAGGUAAGAAUUAAAUAUGUUCAAGGAAGUGAAUAGUUGCAGAAGAAUAAUGUGCUAAUUCAUCUGUCCUCGCAGAGGGACAUUUAUAUAGGUACAGCCCCUAAUAAUGUGGAAGAACACAUGAAGUGUCUUUUCACAGUUAUAUUCUGCAAGUCUUCUGGUCUUCCCAUUUAAGAAUCAUUUAAUAGGUAAAACUGAACAGGAUGGAGAUUCUCAAAAGAACUUGGGACCUUCUUGGAAAAGAGUUUGCAGAUGAAAGCAAAACAAAACAAUCCUAGAGUAUGUGACGGAGACCUCCUUUUGCAGUGCAGAUACUAAAAUGCUGACUGUUAGAUAGAAGGUUUAUGGGCACGCUUUAAUCAAGUCCAAAAAAAGCUCCAAAGCAUCCGUUUCCUAGCUCUGGGAAGCAGUAGGUGACACUCUGGAACUCCACUGUAUGUCUUAGAACAAGUUAGAAUCAGGUGCCACCAUGAUGUUAGAAAACUAGUGCUUAAUGCCAAAGAAAUUCAUGUUUUCUUUUGGGAUUAAGUUAGUCUCUGCUGGAUUUUGGUGAGAUUUUCACAGAUCUGCAUUUUGAAUCCUUUAUAGCCAGUCUGAACAAGGUCAUAUUUCCAUGUGGUGUUCAGCUAGAGAUACCUGUUUGAGGAAGGAUUGACAUCUACUGGAGCAUGUUCCAGUAUUCCAAGACGUGAGCUUUGAUCCACUCUAAAGGAACAGUGAAAAGCUUCCACCUUCUCACUUACCACCACUUUUAUAGCAUAUGGGAAAUCUGCCCUUCAGACCUCAGUUGAAACAUCCUUUUGUAGGAGUGUCCCCUAGAUGAUUAUCUUAUAAUGGUAGCAUUUUUUUCUUCAUGAGCAGGUCUACCUGUUGAGGUUUUUUUUCCCCACUACUAUGCUGUCUGUAGAUCAGGUAAAAACAGCAGGUUCCAGAACAGGUGAUUUAGUAAGGGAUUUCUAAUGGAGAUCCUUCCAGCCCAGGUGUGUGCCAUAAGUUUGAAUUCAGGUGGCUUGCUGAUGCAGCUGUGUAAGGAUGUUGUUUCAUUCUCUUGUAAGAGAUGUAGAUCUGUGCAGUGGUGGGGUGUGACAGUGGAAUGGAAGAGCUCUAUAGGCUGCUGGGAAGGUCCUGGCUACCUGUUGUACUUGUAGGGAACCAGAACCUCCUUCUGUAGGCUCAGGAUGGGUGAGUUGUACUGGAAUGUCUGCAAAUGUAAUCUUUUGCAGUUACAUUAAUUUUAACCAAAGAGAGGCAUUGGUUGGAAUUUGCAUGUUUAUCUAAACUAUUACACAUACUUUUCUUUGAGGUAAAUUUUGCAUGUAUUUUUAGCAAAUACUUCUGACAGGGUUAUUAAUGUGGCAAUUGACGGGGUGAGAUGGAUAGGAGCAGUUACUGUGCAUUUUUCAUAAGAGUGAGUGAAAGGCAAUUGCUAUACCAUAAACAAAAUUGCUGCAACAGUGACACAUUUGUGCUGCUACUGAGGUUUGUGCUACAAAUGAAGUUGUAAUAAAGAUGUUUAUUAUCAAAGUGCAAGGCACAUAGUUUCUGGAUGGUAUUCUACUCCUCAAAUUGUGUUUUGUAUUAUAGUAUAUUGAGUAAAUAGACGUUCUUGCUGUUGUCUCAUGAAUGCAGUAAAAUGAAACAUGCUCCUUUCUUUCUGAAAAAUAUAACUUACUGAAUGAUUCAAAAUUAUUCUUUGCCGUUAGAUACUUAGUUUGUUCAUACUAAAAAAAAAAGAAAUUAAAAGAGAAAUAAACUAUUUUUAUGGAUAAUCUGAUUGCCUAGUAGUUUCAAGGGACUUACUUAACAUCAAAGGUAAGCCACCCAGAAACUGGUGUGAGUGAGGCAGUGCCACGUUCCUGCAGUGCAGUGAUGAGAGUUAGCCUUGGGGCUGGCAGAGAGGAGCUCCCUGCCUGGGGAUGUGCUGCACCACACGCCCAGCAGUCCCAGAACAAAGCAGCCAACAGAAGUGGGAUUAGUGUACAGGUUGAGCUGGCGCACUGCAAGCGGCUCUGUGGGCAUAACUAAUGUUGGAAAAGAGGAGUGCAAAGGUUUGCAUUACUGAUGUGUCAGCUAUACCUGGCCUGUGAACUGACAAAAUACUUCAGUGUGUUGUCAGUCCUGUGAACCUUCCGAAGCACAAAAUAUUCACCAGGCUACUUUGGGGUUUUCUAGCUGUAGUUCAGUGUUAUUUUGGAGGGUGGAUAGGACAGACUUGGAGGAUAAUGAGAAGAUACUAAGGUUGUCUUACAGAUUUUUAUACGUAUUUUUUUAGCAAAAGGCAUUGCUGUACUCAAUGUGAGACCUUUGGUUAGCAAGAAGUCAGUUAUUUUAUUUGUGCAGAGGAAGAUAGAAUAAAGAAAUCUAAAUACCUUCAUUUUCUUUUCCAGGAUAGUAAUUAGCUAAACUGGAAAGUAAUAGAGCAAUUUAAUUAUUUAGCUGACUGAAACAUUUUGAUCUGUAUACUUACUGAUAGUCGUUUCUCCUCAAAUACAAACUUAGAGUAAGCAUGAAGCAGCGAGUUCUUUUUUUUUUUUUUUUUCCCCUUACUGCAGACUUAACUGUUGAGAGGAAAAAAACUUCUUUUUUUUCCCUUUGUUUUUAAUUAAUGCAGAUCCGGAAUGGUUGGAUGUUCCAGGCUGCUGAAUAGUGUUGGUCUGAGUGGAAUUUUUUUGGGAUGGGGGCCUAAGUGUCCUUAUAUAAGCUGUGAUCCAAGUUACGAUAAGAAAGGAGCCUAUGGUGAGCAGUAAUAAUGUUCUAAUGCUUCCUUGCGUUUGAUCAGUAGCUAUCAGUUUUUAAUGUUACAGCCCUCACAGUACUUAGAAGCUCAUAGAACAUAUUGUGAUGUUAUGUUGCUAAUUUGUUUUAAAAUAUAAAAUGUUUUAAGCUUUUUGUCAAAAGUGGUAACAUCAUAUUACAAAUAAACCUUUUUGUGGUUGUAAAACUUAGCUUAUAAAUCAUUCAAAUUGAAGUGAAAAAACACAGGUCAUUGUUAAUGACAGUCUAUCCUACUAUGAAAAAUAUAUGUAUUUUUGUAAAGGAAAAGCACUUGUAGAUAUUUAAUCGGUCCAAUAUCUGUCUAUGUUAAUGUUUUGAGAAAAAAAAAAAUGCUGCUUAGAGAAUCACUUACAUAUGUUUUAUCUUUUGUGCUCAGAUGCAUUUUCUGUUGAUUUAUUGAAUGUUUCUUCCGUGUGAAGCUGUAUAGUUAGUACAGCUGGGCUAAAUGCAUUUCUUACCUUAAUGGGAUGCAGCAUGUCUGACUAUGCCAUUACAUAUUCUGUCCGAUCAGAAACACGACUGCAAAACAUGGAUUAGUGGUGCUGUUUUUCAUCUUUGAUAUUAGCUUCAUCCUGCUGUAUAUCAUUACUACUUCAUAAUGAUUAUAAAAAUGCUAACAAUUUUUUUUGUGGUGUUUGUGUUUAAUGGAUGUUUUUAGGGCAUAUUUGAUUAUUCAUUUGCAUUUUAUCAAACCUACGAAGAUUUAUAUGUAAAUAUAUUUACAUUUACAGAUGGUAUUUGAAGUACAGUUCCUCCAGACAAUAAAACUUUUCUCUGGAAGAAGCUUCAGCCAGGUACAUGCAUGGAGUAUGAUUGCAUCACUGAAGUAUCUGAGCACUUAUACAAGUAGUAUUUUUCUUAAAUUCAGAAUAAUUAAUUUCUUGUAAUAUUGUAAGGACCAUUGAAACUUCAUCCUUAUCUAUUUAAAUUCUGCAUAGUGGAUUUAAUGUGUUUUGAUUCUGUGUAGGGGAUUUACAUAGUUUAAAAAAGUAAAGCAAGGAAUUUUAUUGAAGUACUAGUAGAGAGCAGUGAGCGUAUUGGUUUACGGUUUGUGUAUAGUCCACAUCUAUUUAAUUUCAGUGGGAUUCUCCAGGAUCUUCCCAGUGUUGGAAAUCAUCAGUGGAGUUACUUUGCUUAUCCUUCAUUGUAGUUAAGACUUGAAAUGGCCUGGAGGUCCCUCCCUCAAUGAGUUUCCUUUCAUUGGUGGCUUGUUCAGUAUCUAAUGCUAAUACUAUCUAAUACUAGAUGUAAUAGCCUACACUAGCAGUAGACUCAGUGGUAUGAAGUCAGUUGAAUAAAUACUUGCGUAGUUGUGAAAUAAGCAGAGAAUUUCACUCAGACAACAAACAUUGGUUGUGCCACCUUCUCAUUAACGUGCAUGCUUCACAAAGACCUGUCAGUGAUCAGUUUCUAAUGUGUUUUACCAUUUGAAUAUUGUAUGUUUUAUAAUUUUUAGUAAUUUAUAUAUGAAUUCACUGGGGGUCAAAUCUCAGGUUCUGCAAAGUAGCAUUUAAAAACUUCAAUCCAUGUGAGUUAUGAAAGGAAUGCAAGAUUGCAGCCUUUUGUUUCUUAAAGGGACAAAUAGGUUGGGUUCAAAGGAUUUUAGAGUUCUGUAAAUUUCACCCAGUGAAAUUUAAUUCACCAAAUGAAUAUUCUUUACAUCUGUGCUAAAAUCAUCAGAAACUGAGUGAUGGUCAUGGGGAAAAAAAGAAGAGAGAGGGCUCUAACUGAGUUAGCAGUAGUGAGCAGUUCUACAGUGCAGUAAAGAGAAUGCUGGCAUUAAGUUUCAUUUUGGCAGAGUGCCGCAGUUCCUCUUUUUGGUGCGGAGUGACGUGUGCCUGUUUGAAAUUGCAUCUCCACAUGUGUUAGCAAGGUUUAUUUCAGAGCAGAGCUUGUGCAAACUGUAAAUGGACCUUUUGGAAUCCUAUGUAUUACAUAUAAUUGAUCUGUAGUAUUUCUAAUGAUCUACCUACCAAUAAGGUUCAGUACCAGCGAUGUUAAAUCGAGUGCUUCACGCUAAUGUCAAGAAUGUUCACAGCACCUUUAUAACUGCUGAUAACAAAUUACAGUUUGGUAUGGCUCAUGUGCUGCAAGAUGCCUCUAGCCCAGUUGGAUUAAUUCUAUGAAAAAUAUAGAUGAGCAAGAAGUAUAACUAAUCUGCUUACUAGCACUGAAUUGCUCCUUUCUCAAAGCAAUAAAUAUAUCCAUGUUGUGACAUCUGUUGUGCAGCCUACAAUAAGAAUUGUUUUGUUGCAUUGUUUCUAUAUAAUUUAUUUUGUGCAAUAAAAAAAUCUCUGGUUUUAUCUGA